AUUCAUAAUUUUUGUGUAUUUUGUUAUAUUUUUUUUCCGGUUGUGUGUACACAGAAAAUGACCAUUUUGAAAUGAGAUAUGGACCUGCCUUUCGGUACACAAACUCCAGAGCUCGAUGUGCUUAUUGUGGGCGCUGGUCUGUCAGGUCUUGCUUCGGCCGUGAAGAUACUCUCCAAAGAGCAAUCCCUUAAAAUGAAAAUUAUUGAUGAGAAUCCGAUGCCCGGUGGUCAGUUGGGCGAGAGUGGUAACCGAUUCGUGAACAGCGACCAGGACCAGAUGAUUACUUUCCUGACGUAUGUUCAGGUCUUGCCACAUCGCUAUGUGCCAGAUUUUAGCAGCGAUUCUCUGAGACGUUGCUGGGAUCUGGAUCGAGGUCUGACCUCCUUACCGGCCAGAUUUGAGUUGUGGCGUUACAUAAAUAUGUUGGAGAUUCGCAUGAAGAAGUUCGGUUCGAAGAAAUUCAACUUGCGUAAUCGGGGUCCUACUAUGGAAAGACAUAUUUGCAAUAAUCUGUUCUUCAACAAGUCGCGUUUCUUCAUGUUCAAUGUGGUGGAAAUCGCCUGUGGCGCCAAUCCCAGCGAUGUGGAUUAUGAUGAGUUUAUGGUCGUGUGCAGUUCAUGUGGAGGAUUGCGCAUGCUAAUAGAUUUGUACUUUACAUUUCCCAGCUCACUGUUUGAGUUCUCGACCAGAAAACUAGUUGAUAAUAUUAUGGAAAAAAUCAAAUUCGCCGACAUGGUAAUGAACUGUCGGGCUACUAGGGUGGAUCACUUCAAGAACUAUGUGGAGGUGAGCGAUUCACUGGGAAUGAAACAUACGGCACAGACUGUGAUACUGGCCAUACCAUGGAAUAAGGUACAAAAGUUAGAGUUUAAUCCGCCAUUGCCAAAGGAAUUCCAGCAGACGGUGAAAGCUUAUCAAAAGCCUCGACGUGUCAUCACUCAGUUCUAUAUGCGAUAUCCGAAAUCCUAUUGGCGCUCCCAGGGUUAUUCCGGCCACUUUUUGAGCUCUGAGCCCCUUGUGUGUGGCCGUGAGUGUCGAUCGGGCAUUUACCGUGGCUACAUGAUGCAUACUCAGGACGAAGUGGACGAGGUGAAGCAAACUGUACUCGAUUUGGUGUCUGAAUACUUUGGCGAUGAGAUGCAACACCCAUUGGAAUAUCAGCAGAGUACUUUUGAGUUGAAUAUGGCCCUUCAUAGUCCACAAAUCACACCCUGGCAUCGGGUGAUCUGGUCCAGUUCGGCAGCCGUUGGUACCUACUAUCGCAAUUUGAUGGGCGGAGCUGUGCAGAGCGGAGUACGGGCAGCUGUUAGUGCCCUCUUCGUGAUUCGGCCUCAGGUAGUCAGCUGGAAGGAUAUGAUGGAUGUAGAUGAAAAGGAUCAGUAUGCCGGCGUCAAUGUGGGUCGUGUAAGAGGCCUGCUCAGUCGCCUUAAUCUCUACAAUGUUACAUUCUAUAGUGUAUUCGUUCUGGGAAUCAUUUUUAUCCUCAACAUAGGCUACAAUCGUUCAGUCUCUUAGAGAGAAAGAGAGAGAGCAUAAUUUUGUGUGUCUGGAGACUAGAAUCUCGUCUAAUUCUUUUGUCAUUUGCUAUUCAGUCAGUCAGUCCAGUCCAGUCAAGUCGCAGACGAGUCGUAAACGCCAUAAUAAAUCUCUUUUAUUAAAUUGA